AUGUUGUGCUCAAUAUCUGGAGAAGCUCCACAGCAUCCAGUUGCUUCAUCGAAAUCAGGCAACGUCUUCGAAAAACGACUUAUCGAAUCAUAUAUUUCAGAGAAUCAUAAGGAUCCAGUUACGGGAGAAGACCUCGAAAUCGCAGAUCUAAUCGACCUCAAAUCCGCCAAAAUUGUCACUCCUAGACCUCCAACCCUCACAUCGAUUCCUUCUCUCCUUUCCACUUUCCAAAAUGAAUGGGAUGCAUUAGCAUUGGAAAGUUUCACAAUAAGACAACAAUUACAUCAGACGCGACAGGAGCUGUCGACAGCAUUGUAUCAACAUGAUGCAGCUGUAAGAGUUAUUGCGCGGUUGACAAAGGAGAGAGACGAGGCUAGAGAUGCGUUGAGCAAGGUUUCAAUUGGUGCAGGAAAUGCAGGAAAUGGAGACGCUAUGCAGAUUGAUACUCAAGGUCUUCCAGAAAAUUUGGCGAAUCUGGUUGAUACUACACAAGCCGAACUUUCCAAAAGCCGCCGAAAGCGACCCGUUCCAAAAGGAUGGGCUACCACUGAAGAUAUUGGCCAAUUUACGAUCACCUCUACUUCGGAACCUUUAUACCCUGGGUGUGUUUCACUCGCCCAGACCGAAGAUCGGUUAGUUGUUGGUGGAUCGAAAGGAGAGGCAGGUAUCUAUUCUCUGGCCGAACAGAAGAUUAUAAAAUCAUUUGAAGCCGGAGGACAAGUCACGGGAGCUGCUUUCUAUAAAAGCACACCUAUUGUGUCUACUGCAAAGGGAGAGGUGAAAGUGUUUGGAGAUGAGGAGCAUACAUUUACAUCGCAUGCUGGAGCGGUAAAUGCUCUUGCAUUACAUCCAAGUGGUGAAAUUUUAGCCUCUGUUGGUAUCGACAAGAGCUUUGUUUUCUAUGAUUUGGCCGAGAAAGCGGCAAUCACACAGAUUUAUGCAGAUUCAGAACUUAAAACAGCAGCUUUCCAUCCAGAUGGUCAUCUCUUUGCAGCUGGCGGCGCUGAUGGACAGAUUAAGUUAUUCCAUGUCAAGACAGGAGAAAGCGCUGGUGUAAAUUUCGAGAUUGACGGACCAGUUCAGGAUGUCGCCUUUUCUGAAAACGGUAUAUGGUUUGCGGCAGUUGCCAAAGGAUCUACCAGUGUUGUAAUUUUCGAUAUCCGAAAAGAAGGAAAGGCUGCAGAGGCGAAGAUUCUAGAAAUCGGUGGACCAGUUGAUGCUAUCCAAUGGGAUUACACUGGUCAAUUUUUGGCAGCUUCCGGACCAAGAGGGCUUACCAUCUCCCAAUACACCAAAUCUACGAAAUCCUGGUCGGAUGCUUUGAGCGUAGCUGUUCCAGCAACUGCAGUACAAUGGGGUGAGGAAGCGAAGAGUUUGAUCACUGUUGAUAGUGAAGGGGUUGUGAAUGUCCUUGGUGUAGCGCCUGCAUAA